UCAGGGGCGGGCCAGGGUGUGUGUGUGGGGGGGUACUUCCUGGUGCAGGGAUUUGUCAACAGGGCAGCGGGGACCAGCAGAGGCGGGCACCCCCCAGCACAGGAGCAAACCCUUCCCCCGCUCCCAGUAUGGCCCUGGGGUGGUGGGCACAGCCCCCUGGGGGGCGCGGGGCCUCUGGGUGGGCGCCAUGAGCCGCAAGAAGAGCGGCUUCCAGAUCACGGGCGUGAGCGGCGAGGCUGCGUUGCCACCAGGCCCUGGGUCCCGGUUCCGUGUGGUGCGGCUGGGCGUGGGCACGGGCGAGCCCUACCGCCGUGGGCGCUGGACCUGCCGUGACUGCUAUGAGGUGCCAGUGCCACCAGUGCCAUCGCACCCCAGCCUCGCCCUGCGCCUGCCACACUCGCUGGAUGCCACCCGCGCCCACCCGGGGACGCCAAGUGCACCGCAGGCCCGCUCGCUGGGAGGCCCCAGUGCCGCCGCACUUCCCAGCACCACCCGCCUCAUCCAGCAACAGGAGCUGCCACUGUCCCGCCCUGCAUCACCGGCACCCCCCGAAGGCGGCCCGUCCCAGAUGGUGCCCGACCCCCUCAGCCUGGCCCACUCCAUGCUUGCCCUGGACGAGGACAGCGCUGGCAGCGGGGUGAUUGCCAUUGACAACAAGAUUGAGCAGGCCAUGGACCUGGUGAAGAGCCACCUGCUGCUGGCUGUGCGGGAGGAGGUGGAGCUGCUGCGGGAGCAGAUCCGGGAGCUGGCAGAGUGUGGGGUGGCGCUGGAGCGGGAGAACGCCCUGCUCCGUGCCCUGGCCACCCCGGCCCAGCUGGCCCAGCUCCGGCCCCCCGCCAGCCCCGGGGGAGGGGAGUGACCUGCGUCAGAUGCCUGGGUCCCCUCCCAGCUUGGGGACUGCAGGGCCGGGAGCCCCGGUCCCCUCCUGCCCAUUGGAAGGGCUUCAAGCCAGGACACCUGGGUCAUAUCCCACCAUGAAGAGGGGCUGUGGAGGAGUGGGCAGCCUGGACGCCUGGGUUCAGCCUGGCUUUAGGACUGGUGUCAGAGUCAAGGGGUCAGGUGCUGGGAGCCCGAACGCCUGGGUCCUUUCUUCAAUGUCCAGCAGGGCACAGCUGCUCAGGGUGAUGCCAUUUAUCCAGCAGGGCAAGGGGGGGUUGGGAGCUUUGUGGGGGGUUGCCAGCAUGAAUGCGCCCCAGUGCUGGGGGAGGGUUGGGGGCUUGGCACUUUUGGGGGGGUAACAAAUGGGACGCUGGUGGCAAUAACGGUUUUGUAAUAAAGAGACUUCCAGUAGCUGCAGCCUGGCCUGUGGGGCUGGGGGAUGCUGGGGUGGGGAGAGGUCGCAUUGUACCAAACGCUCCGCCUCAAGAGGUGGGUGCAGCUUGGCACCACCCAGUGUUUACGGCUGGGAACAAAGGAUGUUGUUCUCCCAAGCCAGGGGACUCGACGCCCUCCCCGCCUGCAGCCCCUGCGGCAGAGAAAGGGGCCUUGUCAAUGAGGCUGGGGCACAGCCAAGAGGGACAGGCUCCUGGCCCACGAUGCCCUGUGGCAGGAGGCCUCCUGGCCCAGAAUCCCUUGGGGUACAGGAGGGCUGUGGGUCAGGAGUGAGGGGCAGUGGGGGGAAGGAAGUGGGGGAGGGUGGGAGUCAGACAGGUGGUGGUGCCUCCUCACCCCAUCCCAGAAUUCCCUGGGGCAGGGCCCUAGUCUCCCCCAUCCCUUAAUCCUUCAGGAUUCCACUCCUCCCAUCCCAGAAUUCCCUGCAGAAGGGGCCAGGCCCCAAUUCACUCCUUCUAGGUGUGUGGUGGAACCUUGCUUGACUCUGCCCUGACCUGCGAAGAAACAUGGGAUAAAA